GUUCCCUCUUCGCCCAAAACCCCCCGUCUUCCUCUUCUUCUGCUUCGAUUAUUAGAUUGGAGGAUUGAGAGCGGGAGGGAGGGAGAGGACAGGACGAUAAUGAAAGAUGGUCGGACUGAGCGUGGUAUUGGAAGGUCACCACCACCACCCCCACCCCCAUCACAAGACCAGCGGCGGCCAUUUUAGCAAGACCACGAAGCCCGACACCAGCAACAGCCACCCGCAGGUCAUCAACAAGACCUCCAUGUCUGCCAUGGCCAUUCACUCCACAAAACUCUCUCCUCGAUCGUCGUCUUCAUCUUCUUCUCCUUCUCAGCCGAGCUUCCCCGCCCCCGCUUUCCUCGAGAAAUGCUUCCUCUGCAAAAUCAAGCUCCUGCCCGGCAAGGACAUCUACAUGUACAAAGGGGACAGGGCGUUCUGCAGCGUGGAGUGCCGGUGCCGCCAGAUUUUCAUGGACGAGGAGGAGACCCUGAAGAAGGAGAACUGCUCCAUGGCCGCAAUCAAGCCCGCCGCCGCCUCUUCGACGUCCUCUUCUCCCUCCUCCCCGGCGUCCUCCCGCCACCGCAGACCCGCCAGGAACCACCGCCCUGGCGGCUUCGCUUACUGAUGAUGCGGUGCGUGAUUAUAUAAGUGUUUGAGUUGAGACCCAAAGGAAAUUUGAUCAGAGUUCUGAAAUACCUCCAAAAAGAGAAAUUCGGGCUUUGCUUGUUUUGUUUGGGGGUUUCGUCUGUGAUUGGAACGGAGGAACAGGUGGUCUGCCGAUUUUACCCCUGGCAUGAUUUUGUAAUGACGGAGGUGUCCCAGUCCGGUGCCCUCUUCUUGUUUUUUUCCCCUAAGGUUGUUUUGUCGUUUAGCGGAAUAUCUGCUUCCUGGUAUGAAGCCAAAAGGACGUUUUAACUUUUUCUGCUGACUGACGGACUGUCUGUAUUAGUGACUGAGUGUGAGCCUCCGUUGGUUUUAUUAUU